AGUACUAACUGUGUCUUUACCACAAGCAGAUGGAAAAACAUUAAAAAUUAAUAAUUAUUAUUUUAAACUAUAAUAAAAUUAAAAUUAGAAUGAUUAAAACUAGAUUUUUUUUUUUUGUCAUAUUGACUAUGGGUGUUAUUCAGAUCAAUGCAAUAUCUGUUGAAAAUGAUUGGGUCAUCCAAACUGAAAACACUAUGAAUGAUCUUACAAAAAAAAUCAAAGAAUCUAUGGAUAAUAGUAACACUGAAUUUAUUGAAUCAGCAAAAAAAAAAUUAAGUACUUACUAUGAACAGUUUAAAUCUGGGCUAACUGAAUUUACAGAUAAAAUUGAAAAGAAGGCUUCUUCUUCAGAUGCGGUAAAAGAAGCCGUCAAACAAUGGCGUUCAGGUUUUGAGUCAUACAACAGAGCACCUCCAACUAAAUUAACAAUUGAAAAAAUUAGUGAUAAGUACAUAAAUGUUGCGAGAUAUAUUAAAGAGAAAUCUUCUGAUCUAUCCAAGAAUGCUCAAGGAAAUGCUGAAAUAGAUGAGGAAAUAAAAAUGUUCACACAAAAACAACUCAAUGAUUUGAUUGAAAAUCUUAAAUCCGUUGAGAGUCAAAUAUCUACCAAACAUGCAUAAUAUAGAUACUGCAAAGAAAGUUAACUAAACGGGAUUUCACAUAAUAAUGCCAACUUUACUAUUUUUUUAUUCUCAGUAGUGUAAUAAUAUUUUUAAGUCAUUUUGGUUACCAUACAUUUAUUUAUUUAUUUAACAGCUUGUAUUAUAUUUUUAAUAGUUAUUAUUAAUGAAAUUUGAAAAAUUUAAUUAAUCUAUAAUCAUAUGUCAUACAUACAUUAAAUAGUGAUAUGCUAUAUAUAUUUGUAUUGAUUCAUUUGAUUUAUUUAAUAUAUUUUCUCUAUGUUAAUAA